CCAGGAAGUAAGAAGUGCUGCUGUUGCUAGCCAGCUAAUGAUGGCUGCUGUUGUUGUGAGAUUUGUAAACAGAUGCACUUUAAGAUUAGGAAUGGGCCAACAGUAUUUAGGGUUCAGCUCCGUGGCAAAGGAGAAAACGGCUUCCGUUAGAGCUGCUCACUCUCUACCAGGAAAGGUGAAAAUCGUGGAGGUGGGCCCGAGAGAUGGUCUUCAAAAUGAAAAGACCAUCGUUCCAACAGAGGCAAAAAUUCAUUUAAUUAACAUGUUGACUGAAUCUGGACUCCCAGUCAUUGAGGCGACCAGCUUUGUGUCUCCUAAAUGGGUUCCUCAGAUGGCAGAUCAGGUGGAAGUGAUGAACGGUAUCAGUAAGAAACCAGGAGUGUCCUAUCCAGUUCUCACCCCCAACCUGAAAGGUUUCCAAGCUGCUCUAAAGGCAGGAGCUUCAGAGGUAGCCAUAUUUGGUGCUGCGUCUGAACUGUUUAGUAAGAAGAACAUAAACUGCUCUGUGGAAGAGAGUUUACAACGCUUCGAGGAGGUCAUGAAGGCAGCGAAGGAAGCUGCUGUGCCAGUUCGAGGUUAUGUCUCGUGUGUUGUUGGAUGUCCGUAUGAAGGACAUGUGGCACCUGAAAAAGUUGCACAUGUAGCCAAGCGCUUGUACUCAAUGGGUUGUUACGAGAUCUCUUUGGGUGACACUAUUGGAGUGGGGACUCCUGGAAGUAUGACUAAAAUGUUAGAAGCUGUAACCAAAGAGGUGCCAGUCAGUGCUUUGGCUGUGCACUGCCACGACACUUAUGGCCAGGCGCUGGCUAACAUCCUCAUUGCCUUACAGAUGGGGAUCAGCGUGGUGGACUCUUCGGUAGCUGGACUUGGUGGCUGUCCAUACGCUCAGGGGGCCUCUGGAAAUGUAGCUACUGAGGAUGUUGUUUAUAUGCUGCAUGGACUUGGGAUUCAAACCGGAGUGGAUCUCUCAAAGCUGAUGGAUGCCGGUGCGUUUAUCUGCCGAACCCUCAACAGGAAGACCAGCUCUAAGGUGGCGCAGGCCACAUGCAAACUAUAGAGAAUAAAAAAAUGGACCUUUUUCCACAAGCUAAAGUUCAUAUCAUCCUCCGUUUGUUAAAUUAAACAAUAUUAAUACACAGUUUGAUUUAACGUCUCCUGUAGGUUUUUGUUUAACACUAAACUUCACUGAGCUUGGUUGUUCUGCGCUGUGAUAAAGCUAAGAUAUUAGUGCCUUUGUACAAAAUCUGUGUUUUAAGCUUUCACCUAUGAUCAGAUGUGUUUUCAUGUUAUGCUUCUGUUACUUCAUGGUCAGUAUAUGAAGAUUGAGGAUUUGACUUUUUCUUAAUACAUGAUGAAAGAAACAGUCUAGAAUAACUGUCAGAAAAAAUAGUAUUUGAUGAAGAAGUCUGAGUGAACACAGUCAUGUCUGAAGUUUGGGGAAUGUAAUCGUUCUUUUUUUUGUGUGUGUUUUAGCUUAUUUAUUUGAAUUAUCUUAAUUAAAAGUAAAUUUAUAUUGA